AUGCGACCGGUGAUAGAAGAAGAAUGCGAGGGAAUCGAAUCUAAAGAAGAGCCAAGUCCUGAAGACGCGGUGACAAACGGAUACUUGGGAGAAAGUUUAAGUCAGUGGAACGUGGGGGAUGGAGGAAAGGAAGGAGGGAAUGGAGAGGCGGCCGAGGACGCGGAAGUGGAGGAGGAGGGGGAGGAGGAAGCGGAGGAGGAGGAGGAAGAGGAAGAGGAGGAAGAGGAGGAAGAGGAGGACGAAGAGGAGGAGGAGGCGGAGGAGCAAGUGAAAGAGGUGGUUACAAUGGAGGGUGAUAGUAGCGCGGGAGCGGCGCGACUGGGGUCGGUGAUUGCCAUUGGGGAAAGCGGAGAAGGGGCAUGGGACGGCGGCGCGGGGAAUGAGGGGGGAGGAUACCUGUGGAUGGCAGAGGAUGGGAGGAGGGAAGAGGCUGGAGUUAAUCUUGAAAUUAGUGAUGAGACGAGUGAGGAAAUCGUGAGGGAGAGGGUGGAGGGGACAGAGGAGGAAGCGGGUGUGGAGGAAGGGAGCUCGGUGGUUGAGGGGAGUGGCUCUUGCAGUGGAAGGUCUGAGAGUGAGAAGGAAUCUGAGAGUGCGAAGGAGCCUGAGAGUGAGGGGAGGUCUGAGAGUGAGGGGAGGUCUGAGGGUGAGGGGAGGUCCGAGAGUGAGGGGAGGUCCGAGAGUGAGAAGAAGGCUGGGAGCGAGGGGAGGCCUCGUAGCAUUGGAGGUCUGUCGCGUAUGGCGGAGGCGAUUCUGGAGUUCGAGCGGACCAUUAGCGAACAGGAGAAACAGCUCUUAGCGGAGCGAGAGGCAAGAGCGACCUUUGGAUCAGUAUUGGACGGUCGGAUUGACUCCGAUGAGGUGAGGAUCAACGGUGCUGCAUCGCCAGAGGAAAUCCUCCUUGCAGCUGCGGCUCCUGCGAAGGAGCAAGCGACUGGAGAUGCGGUUACCGGGUUGCCAGUCACAGCGACAUCAGCAGCUGCUGUUCUGAACUCGCCUGCGUCGGUUCUUCUAGAGCCCCAAGACUCGGUAUCAGGCAGCGAUAGCGCCCGCAGCUUUGUGCUCGAUGAUACGAGUGUGGAUGGGGGAGGGGAGAGGGAGGAAUGCGGAGUUGAGAGGAGUGAAGGGAGCAGCGAGAGAGAGGAGGUUAGGGUGGGCAAGGAAGGGGAAGAGGAGGAAGAAGAGGAGGUGAGUAGUGAGCGGAGGGAUGAGGAGGGAGUGGAGGAAGAGGGGGGUCGAGAUGGGGCUGAAAGGGUAUGUGGGGAGCGAAAGUGCGAGAGAGUGGUGGAGCGCGGUGGAGAUGGGGAGGGAGUGGUUGCGGAGGAGGGAGAGGAAGAGGAAGGAGGUGUUGGGGGAUGCGAGACAUUGAAUGAAGCAGAGGAGGAGGAAGAGGAGGAGGAAGAUGAAGAAGAGGAAGAGGAAGAGGAGGAAGAGGAGGAUCAUUUAGAUCACGCUAAGAGGGAAAGAGAGGAAGAGGAGAGGAGGGCGGAGGCGGAAAAGCGGAGGGCGGAGGUGGAGGAGAGGAGCAGGCGGAGGGCGCUUCAGUUGCAGGAGGAGGAGGAGGCAGAACUGCAUAAGCACUUCUUGGUGGAGCUGGCACAGCUGAAGGCGACUCAGAGGAAGACGACGAGCAGCUUCCACGAAAGCGCGCUUCCUUCAGCAGCAGCAGCAGUCCAGCGCCUUGUCUUCUCUGCCAUGCCUACUGCUGCUACUGCUGCUGCUGCUAGCGCCAAACCUGCUAGCGAUUGCGCCAUUGGCACAUUCCAAAAGGGAUCAGCUGCUGCAGUCACAACCAUCAAAGCACCCCUCACCUUCCCUGCUGCUUCUCCUGCUGCUGCUGCUUCUGUUGCUCUACCCCCACUGGUACCAUCUCCCGUUCCCCCUUUCGCCUCCUCGCUCCUAGCACCCGAUUCCAUCCCCCCUCCCAUCCUACACCCCGCCACCAUCCCACCCCACCUCCCACCCCGACCCACCCCCUCUCCCUCCCCCUUCCCCUCCCCUCUCGACCACCUCAAAGCCACGGACCCUCUGCUCCUCGCCCUCCCGAACUCCAACGCCCCUCCCCCGCUCCUGGACGGAAUGGGGUCGGCUAUAGCGCUGCAGGGCGGGGGGUUCUUAGCGUCGAUGUCCGGGCAGCACUUUGGGGAGGGCGCCACGCGGCUCGUGAUGCAAUUCUCGCGCUCCAUGGUCAUCCCAUCGGAACUAGCGUUGGGAGCAUCGUCUGGAGAAGCCGCUUCUAAGCUGCUCCCUCUCCCUUCUGGUGGAAACGCACCUGGCGCUGCCGCUGCCGCUGCCGCUGCUGCUGCUGCUGCUGCUGCUGCUGCCGCUGAUCCCUCUUCUGUCCUCCCGCUCUUGCAGCGGCUAGCAGCGGCCUCUGCUGCGGACCCGACCGCCCCUUCCCUCACAGACCAAGUCCUGGCGCUCAUGCCCCUCCCCGACAUCAGCGGCAAGCCUCUCGAGCAGAUUGCAGCUGAGGGGAUGGCUUAUCUUGAAGGAGGUUGGAACUGGGACGGAGGAGUGGGAGGUUUGGGAGGUUCGGGAGGAGUUGGAGGAUUGGCUGGAGGGGUUAGAGGGAGUUUGGAGGGGCAGGAGGGGGGAGCGGGAGGAGGGUAUCUGCCAGGGAACCAGGGAGGCUUCCUAGAGGGACACCUGGGAGGAUACCUGGAGGGCGGUUCAGGUGGUUCUUCAGGUGCUAUCAUCAGCCGUGGCAGCUCCUCUGCGGUCUCAGUCUCCCAAUCUUCCUCUGCCCUCUCCUCCUCUGCCUCCUCUGCUCUGGCUGUGAGGCGGGCACAGGCAGCAGCAGCAGUGGCUCGCCUAAGGCGCAGGGGGCAGCACCUACUGGGGAGCAGCAGUGCCGGAGGAGGAGGAGAAGGGAAAAAAGAUCAGUCGCUAGGGGAGACUGAAGAGGACGGGGAGAUGGAUAGGGAGCUUAGGCAGGCGCUUGCGUUGAUGGGCAAGAGCGGAGGGAACAUGGUUCUAGCUGGUACGGGUGAUGCUGCAGGUAGGGCUCUAGCCAUGGGCAUGGGUGGUGCAGAAAGGAACAUGGUUCCCGGAAAGGCUGGGAUGGCAGGCAGAACUUUAGCUGGUGCCUUGGAGGCAGUGGGAGAGGAUGAGGAUGAGUAUGUGGGUUUGGGUGAGCUGGGGGCGUUGGCUGUGGAGCAGAUAGAAGCUCUGUUAGUGGAAGGGCUUAGAGUGCAGAAUGAUCAGAGUGAGUUGCACGCGCCAGGGGCUAUUACCCUAGGGGAAUCCGGGCAGUUGGGGUAUUCCGCAGGUUACCCUGCGGGGUACAUGACUGGCGGGUCGAGGGGUGUUCUGGGCGGGGCUGGUUACCAGGCUAGUGGUAACCAGAUUGCUGGUAACCAGACUGGUGGUUACAUUGGGGGAGGUGGGCCGAGAGGGUUGCUUGGGGCGGCGUUGACAGUGGAGGAGUGGCAGCAGCUGGAUGCAGGGGUGUGGGAUGCGGUGGAGUCCGAUAGAGAUGCUCAGGAGGUGCUGCGAGCGCACUGCAAGGCUCAUGGGAUAGCAGGGCUGCUGGAGGGGAGCGAGGGGGACGAGGGGAAACAGAUGGUGCUGCGCGGUGCAGAUGGGUUUGGAGGGCAGUUGGUGCCUGCAGGGAGUGGGGAUUCAGACUCUAUGACCAUAGGAGGCUGGGACGGCGAGUCUAGGCAGAUGGUGGGGGGAUAUGGAAGGGGAAUGGGGUUAACAGCCGGCCAAGGGAACACUGUAACAGGUGGUAUGCUUGGUACCAGUGCAACAGGGGGUGUGGUUGGUAACCCUGUAACAGGGGGAAUGCUGGGCGACAGUGUGACAGUGGCCAUGGUGGUUCAGCUGAGGGACCCUCUGCGGAACUUCGAGCCUGUGGGAGCACCCAUGAUGGCACUGCUGCAAGCUGAGAGAGCACCAGCGCCCGCACCUGCACCAACUGCUGCUGCUGGUAUUGCUGGUCGUGUUGCAGGUGGUGUUUCUGGUCGUGUUACUGCUGGUUUGAGUGGAUCUACCACUGCUGCUCUUGGCAGCACGGCCCAAGCGUGUAUUGGAAGCCAUCAGUGUCAGGGUCUAUUGGAAGGCUACCAUGCUGCUACCAACAAUACCACGGCCCAGCUUGCCAUUGAGUAUUCUGAGGUUGAUGCAGCUAGCCUGGCAGAAGCAGCGCUACAGCCGUGGCAUGGCGCCAGCUCAGCGCAAGCGGCGCUACAGCCACGGGAUGUCGCCACAGGCCGCCGUGGCCAUAUUACCGCAGCUGCCUCUCAUCCCCCGCCCCCAACAUUCCCCUCCACCGCCCCGCCCCGAUUCAAGCUCAAAGCAGUGCACGUCGCAGGGCUUAAGGCAGAAGAGGCACCAGGGAGAGGGUGGGGGUCGCAGAAGCAAGCACAGGCGGGAGGGAGGUGGCUGGCGGCAAACGGCAUGGGGAAGAAACAUCAGGGGAAGGGCAGCGGUGGGAGUGGAAUGUUUGGGAAGCAUGCGAAGCCGGCAAAGGUGACGGUUCAGCCUGGGGAUACGCUGUGGAGUCUUUCUCAGAAAGUUCAUGGGAGUGGGAUGAAGUGGACGGAAGUGGUGAAGCUGAACCCUCAGAUCCGGAACCCGGACCUGAUCCUGCCGAGCCAGAAGAUUCGGAUGAGGAAACCCCACAUUGCUACUCGUCCUCCUCAACCCAGACCCACCUAUAUUGCUCCCUACACCACUCAACCCCUUUCCACCACUGCUGCUGCCGCCACUGCCACCAACGCCACCGCCACCCAAAGGGGAAGCAGUGCUGCUGGAUCGGGAAAAGCCCCCUGCAACACCUGUAGACUUACCUCCCCCAAACCCGCCUCCACCAGCCAAUCCUGCUUCCUUUGCCGCACUGCUGCUUGUCCGAACCAGCCCAAGCCCACCGCCACCACUGCUGCCACUACUGCUGAUGCUAACAGCAUUGCUGCUGGUUUCGCACUCGCUCCACCGGCAGUACCUGUGCUUCUCAGGCAGCUGACAUGCGCACACCGCCCCCUCUCUCCUUAUCCCCUCACGACUCUCUCCUCAUCCCCUCACGACUCUCUCCUCAUCCCCUCACGACUCUCUCCUCAUCCCCUCACGACUCUCUCCUCAUCCCCUCACGACUCUCUCCUCAUCCCCUCACAACUCUCUCCUCAUCCCCUCACGACUCUCUCCUCAUCCCCUCACGACUCUCUCCUCAUCCCCUCACGACUCUCUCCUCAUCCCCUCACGAAUCUCUCCUCAUCCCCUCACGACUCUCUCCUCAUCCCCUCACGACUCUCUCCUCAUCCCCUCACGACUCUCUCCUCAUCCCCUCACGACUCUCUCCUCAUCCCCUCACGACUCUCUCCUCAUCCCCUCACGACUCUCUCCUCAUCCCCUCACGACUCUCUCCUCAUCCCCUCACGACUCUCUCCUCAUCCCCUCACGACUCUCUCCUCAUCCCCUCACGACUCUCUCCUCAUCCCCUCACGACUCUCUCUUCAUCCCCUCACGACUCUCUCCUCAAACCCCCAUUCCCCUCUCUCCCCGCUGUCCUCUCAUCCCCCUCACCUCCUCUCCCCCUUCCUAUCCCUCUCCCUCCCCCUCGCUUUCUCCCUUUUGCUCUCCUUCUCCCUUGCUUUCUCUCACUCACCUGCGUCUUUCUUAGCACGAGGGCACGAGGAUCGGUGA